AUGAAAUAUAUUAAAAUUAGCAUAUCAGAUAAGGUGGCAGUGGUGGAAUUGGACAGGCAAACCAAGCUAAAUGCAUUCACGCGCGAUAUGUGGAGGGAAAUGCGAGACGCACUCACGACUAUCAAUCGCGAUGCAGGCGUGCGUGCGGUCGUGCUUGUAGGUAAUGGGAGGGUGUUUACGAGUGGGGUGGAUGUGAAGGAUGCGAUGGCUGCGAUGGAUAGUAUCAGCGGUAAGGCUAAAGCUGACGUUGACGGCGACGCUUUGCAGAAAAGCAUACAGAUUCGCGCAUACAUCGAAGAGUUCCAAGAGGCCAUUACAGCGAUAGAAAAAUGUGCGGUGCCCGUGAUAGCCGCGCUGCACGGCCAAGUGGUUGGAUUGGGCGUAGACAUAGCGUGUGCGUGUGACAUACGCUACGCAGCGCGUAGCACACGCUUCAGUGUGAAGGAGGUGGAUCUGGGUUUGGCAGGCACGCUUCAACGCCUCCCUCGCAUUACUGGCAAUGAUGGUCUCGUCAGGGAGCUGGCAUAUACGGGCCGUGUGUUUGGGGCAGCUGAGGCACUGCAGAUGGGAUUUCUGAGCGGUGUUUCUAGCGCAUCUACACGUAUGAGUGCAUUUCAUAUGGCUAUGUACACAGCCACUGCUAUCGCGGAGAAGUCGCCGGUGGCCGUUAUGUCGACCAAGAAAAUUCUCGCUUACAGUCGCGAUCACAGUGUUGCUGAGGGACUGGCAUACACAGCUCAACAUAACUCAGUUGCGCUACAGAGUGGAGAUGUGGAGGUGGCAGUGAGAGGAAUGAGAGAGGGAAGAAAGGGGGUGUACAGGGAUAGUAGGUUGUGA